CGGUGCCCCGGGCAGGCCGGGAGGCGCUCCUGCCGCGCAGCCCCGCUCCGCGGGGAACGCCGCACAAGCCGGCCAAAGGCGACGCCGCGGCCCCUUCCGCAGGCCGGGUGCUGAAGCCCGGCGUGGGGCAGCAGGGGAGUCCCGCCCGCCGCAGGCGAGGCCGCGGCCCUGACUGGGCGCGGCGAGGCGGGAGGGGCGCGGCCGGCGCAGAGGAAGAGGAGGAGGACGAGAAGGGGAAGGACAUGUUGUCUCCCCGGCGGAAAGGGCGCUGCGGCCGUUCCCCGCCAGCCCCCGAGAAAAGCCAGCGGUCCCCGGCGGCGCGGGAACCCGGCGGCCCCACUAUGGAGGAGGGCAGCGGCUUCCGCCUCUCGGCCGAGUGCCUGGACGAGCCGCCCAACAGCCGCGUCUUCGUGGUGCUGGGCAAGGACACCGGGGAGGCGCUGAUCCGGGAGCGCUUCGCCCCCUUCGGGGACAUCCAGAACAUCUGGCUCCUGCGGGACAAGCGCACCAACGAGUCCCGCGGCAUCGCCUUCAUCAAGUUCGCUCGCAGCUCGCAGGCCUGCCGGGCCAUGGAAGAGAUGCACGGCCGCAGCCUGGUCCCCGACACCAAGCCCAUCAAGGUAUUUAUUGCACAGUCAAGAGCUUCUGGAAGCCACCGAGAUGUUGAAGAUGAGGAGCUUACACGAAUCUUUGUUAUGAUACCAAAAUCCUAUACAGAGGAAGAUCUGCGAGAGAAGUUUAAGAUGUAUGGAGACAUUGAAUAUUGCAGCAUUAUUAAAAACAAGACUACUGGAGAAAGUAAAGGUUUGGGCUAUGUGAGGUAUUUAAAACCAUCGCAAGCUGCCCGAGCAAUUGAAGAGUGUGAUCGAAGCUACAGGGCUAUUUUGGCUGAACCUAAAAAUAAGUCAUCGGAGUCUUUUGAACAUGAUUAUUAUAGUAAUAACACAAGGCAAGAACCAAGAGGAAAUACACUUCCAUUUUGUGGGCAGCCAGAGUUUUGUAGUUUUGAAAAAAAUGAGAGCAGAAUUCAAGAGUCAGUCUCCAAACGUCUGUCAGUGGUAUCGCAGCUUCCCUUUAUCCAAGAGCAGCUGUUUGCCCUCUUUGAUCUAGUCCCAGGACUGGAAUAUUGUGAUGUUCAGCGAGAUCCUCAUACUAAUAGUGGGUAUGCUGUGAUUCAGUACAGUACUGCUGCAUCAGCUAUAUAUGCCAAGUAUAAAUUACACGGUUUUGAGUAUCCUCCUGGAAAUCGAUUAACUGUCAUUUUCCUAGAAGAUGGAAGUGAUAGCUCAGACCUCAUCAGAAAAAUGGCAACACAGCUGGUAACAGCGCAUGUGUCAUCAGUGUUGCGGAAUAACAAUGCAAUUGCUCAGCAGUAUAGGACACCUCCUCAGGCAUUUGGAGGAACUUCUGGCUCACAGUUACUUCAGCCCCAAACAGAUGCCAUACUUCCACCACACAAAAAAAAAGUUCCACCUGACACUUCUGUGAAGGAAAGGCUUUUCAUACUUUUUCAUCCCCAUCCUUUACCCAUAAAUGUGUUGGAGGAUGUGUUUUGUCGUUUUGGACACUUGAUAAAAGUUUACCUGGUGGCUGGAAAAAAUGUGGGCUACGCAAAAUUUGCAGAUAGAGCAAGUGCCAGUGAUGCCAUAACUGCGUUACAUGGCAAGAUUGUGAAUGGUGUCAGGCUUAAAGUAAGGUUGGCAGACUCACCUACAGAAGAAUCUAACAAACGUCAGAGAACUUACUGAGCAGAAACUAAAUAAUGACAUGACCCUCAGCUAGCUGACUGACUGACUGAAAACGUGACUAGACAUGGUUCCUGUGGACAGUGACAGCUUUUUUUUUUUUUCUUUUUUAAAUUGUUACUUAGUUUAUCUUCUCUCUCUCUAUAUAUAUAUGGUGCUUUCUGGUUUUGAAAAUGUAGACAUGCCGUUUUGAAAAUUAUCUAGGCAUUAAAAAUUGUAAAGUAGUUGUUGUUCUUGUAGUAGUCUAUAAUCUCGUAUUACAGAAGUCUCUCUUUUAUGUUUAACUGAAUUCCUCCUCUAAGACGGAAAUUACAAUGAUGGGGGAGAUAAAGGAGUCAGCAUUUUGUGGCUUGACUGGUUACUUGAUAAUGAUUCAGAUUAUAACUGUUGAAAUAGAGGACAUUUCUCAUGAUCCAAAUUACAUUGAAAAUUGAAGUACAGCAGUAAAUUCAAAGAAAGUGAAAUAACUUGUUUCAAAAACUGCUAGCAAACCUGACAGUGCGAAGCUAGAUUUAAAAAAAUAGCCAUAAUUAAGAAAACUAUUCAAGUACAUUCUUAAAUAUUUUGUUGAUUUGGGCCAAAAGUAUUCAUUAUGCUUUUGUAUGCUGUGCAGCGAAAAGGACAUUUGACUGUGGGCCAGACUACCAGCGCUGUUUACAUUUAUUCUUAUCCUGAGGCCUUUUGGUUAUAACUGUGGGGAAAGUACGGAGUCUAGGGGUCGUGCUUUGCUUUGAGGGGUUGGGGGGCUUCUUUGGUCUUUUUUUUUUUUUACUUUUUUGGGGUUUUCUUGAGAAGUUUUCCAUGCACAUGUUGUUUAAGAAUUGGGCACUUCAGCAUUUCAGCAUGAUGAAGAGGAUUUCGGCAUUGAUGAAGAAUAAAUGAAGAUGGUUGCACAGAUAGUUUUCAAAUGCCAAAUACUUUUCUGUGUAUUCCUGAAUACUACUUGUUGAAUUGAAAAUAUCCUGGUUAUUAAAAUAAUUUAUACAGAUAAAA